AUGCCGCGUAAGGUGGUUCCAUCCACUGUAGAGGGUCCAGUGCCUCCACCUCCUCCGUCUCCCGUCGUGCAACGCUUAAGGCAAGAUUGGAGAUGGGCUGGCAUCAGCCAGUUUAUCAACACUUUCUCCGACGCAUUUGGCUUAUCGGACUGGGAGAUUGAGACUCUCGAAAACGACUUUGACGGUUCGGAGCAAGCCGUCAUCCCUGACCUCAUCGCGAAGCUGCUUUACGCUCUCACAUGGAACCGGCAGAUUACGCAAGUAUUCUUUUGA